UCACCUUCUCCGCUCAUUUCUCAACGCCCACUACCUCUUGUUUAGUUUGUCGUCGCACGUAUUCUCACCGACACCACUUGCUGUACGCGGUGUAUCUGGACCAGCACAACCUUGUCGUCCUCGAUCGCAUCGCUCGCAUCAGCUGCCGCUAGCUGUCCAUUGAUCCCUCCGCGCCGGAUGGCCGCGCGCGUGGCGGACGCCGCCUCUCUCCUCGGCCUCCUCCUCCUCGUCUCGUGCUGCUCGCUGGCGCAGUCCGUCACGACGAAUGGCGGCGGCUACGUGUCGGCGGUCGGGGACCCCGGCAUGCGGCGCGACGGCCUCCGCGUCGCCUGGGAGGCAUGGAACUUCUGUAACGAGGUCGGCCGGGAGGCCCCCGGCAUGGGCAGCCCCCGCGGCGCCGACUGCUUCGACCUCGAGGAUGGCGUGGACGAGCACGGCCAGCCGACGCGCAAGGUGGUGCACAGGGUGACGGACGCCGACAACAGCCUCCGUGCCGGCGACCCGUUCCCCGGCACGCCGGCGAACAUCACGGACGUCGACCGGUACGCGGCGGCGAAGGAGCUGUACCUGGGCGACCGGUGCCAGGUGGCGGACGGCCCGUCGCCGUGGCAAUUCUGGAUGGUCAUGCUCAAGAACGGCAACCUGGACACCUCCGCCGCCAUCUGCCCGGACAACGGCCGCCCGGCGCGCCCGUUCCCGCAGGGCAAGUUCCCGUGCCCCGGCGGCGCCGGCUGCAUGAACCCGCCGCUCGUGUUCCACAACCGCACCGCGCUGGACGCCACCGGGCGGCGCCUCCGCGGCGGGCUGUUCGGCACGUACGACCUCGGCGCGGCGGACCUCGGCAACAAAGACGUGUCCUACUACUCGGUGACGUGGGAGAAGGAGGUUGGCGGCGCCGGCGGGUGGGUGUUCCACCACAAGCUGCGCACUUCACCGAAGUACCCAUGGCUGAUGCUGUACCUCCGUUCCGACGCCACCUCUGGAUUCUCCGGUGGCUACCACUACGAGACCAGAGGGAUGACCAAGAUAGUGCCCGAAUCACCAAACUUCAAGGUGAGGGUGAACCUGGAGGUGAAGCAAGGCGGAGGCCCCAGCAGCCAGUUCUACCUCAUGGACAUGGGCAGCUGCUGGAAGAACGACGGCCGCCCGUGCGACGGCGACACCGCCACGGACGUGACGCGGUACAGCGAGAUGAUCAUCAACCCGGAGACGCCGUCGUGGUGCACGCCGGGGAAGGUCGGGCUGUGCCCGCCGUGGCACACGUUCCGGAACGGCACGCGCGUGCACCGCACCGACGCCGCCCGGUUCCCGUACGCCGCCUACCACAUGUACUGCUCCCCCGGGAACGCGCGCGCCGCCGAGCAGCCCACCACCCCGUGCGACCCCUACAGCAACCCGCAGCCGCAGGAGAUCAUGCAGCUCGUGCCGCACCCGGUGUGGGGCGAGUUUGGGUACCCCACGGCGAAAGGGCAGGGCUGGAUCGGUGACCCCAGGGCGUGGGAGCUCGACGUCGGCGCCAUGUCACAGGCGCUCUACUUCUACCAGGAUCCGGGCACGCCACCGGCGAAGAGGAGGUGGUCGUCGCUGGACGUGGGAACGGAGAUAUACGUCAGCAACCAUGCGGAGGCGGAGUGGACGUUGAGUGGGUUCGACAUCCUUGUGCCAAAGGAGUAGGAUUGUGUUGGGUCGUCCAAAGGAGGACUCGUCGACAUUGUUUGGAGCGUGGAUGAAGGGGGUUAUAAGCAAUUCUUACAUGAUGGAAUGCAUAUGCAUAUGUAGUAUAGUAGAAAACUAGAGGACGCGGUAGAAUACCAGUGUGGAAAUGUUAAGCGUCCGACAGAUUGAUCCA